AUGAUAGAUUGUUGUUUUAAUUUGAAUAGAGACCCCAUUAGAGUACCAGAUUUAUACAAUUGUUGUUUUAAAUCUUUUUUUUGGUUAGGUUGGUUAAUGAAUGAAAGUGAUCUGUUAGACUUCUUGCUGGACAAGAUUGUGCUGGAUGAUGAAGUGCACGGUAUUGAAAACAUAGAUGAUCGUAUAACGAAUGGAACUAGUGUUUCAAGAAAUGGGGAAGCUGUUUCUUCUAGUAGAAAAGAAAAGCAGGAAGAAAAGAUAACGAUAGAGAUGAAUUCUCGUCGUAGAGCCCAGCUACGUAAUUAUAAAAUGAUGGAUCCUGAUGUAAUGCAAAAUGUAGAAAAUCUAAUUCUAAACACAUGUAGAAAUAGAGGGAAGAAGACUUCCAAGGGUAAGAAUGCCAGAAUCAAAUCGGAAUCGCAAUUGAAGAAGGAGGAAAAGAAAGUUGAUGUAAAAAAAAAUACAACGGUCUUUAAAUUUAAGUUUGAUGAAGAUGAAAUUGAUAAUUCUAUAAUAAAGGAAACAGAGAAAGAAAAACAGCAAGAUAAAAAAUCUAAAAGAGCUCGUAGACUUCUUAAAAAAAUAGAAGAAGAUUCUAUAUCGAGCAAAAGAGAAACUAAUUCCAAAAAUUCAAAUAUUGAGUCAAAAACAACAAAAGAGCUUAGAAAGAAAAUAGAUUCAGAUAGUACAAAAAAUACAAGACCUGAAAGUAAGAAGAAGGAAAGAUCAGAAACUAAAGCCCAAAAAUCAUCAGAAACUAAAAUAAAGGUAAAAACAGAGCCAAACAAUGAAGUAGAUCUUACCUCUAAUGAGAGCAAGCCAGACACUACAAUAGAAAAGAAAACAAGAGCAACAAGAAAAAGUAGAAAGGCCAAGAAAAUAAUACAAGGAAAAGAUCAACAAUCGAAAAUAACAAAAGGUGAUUCUGAGGAUGAAAUGAACAGAAAGAUAGCAGAGGCAUUUGAUGCUUACGCUGCAAGCAACGGUUCUGAUUAA